AUGACGGUGGCGCCACUCGUCCGGGCGUUCGAGCACCUCCCGAACCGCCCAAAGUCGAAUGAGGCAAGACCACUUCUGGAGAAGAUUGCUAGCCAAGUCAAGCCCAUCAUGUCCAAAAGGGGAUGGAAAGUGGGAACACUUGCCGAAUUCCUUCCUGCGAAUCCAGCGCUACUCGGGAUCAACAUCAACAGAGGGCAGCGGAUACACCUUCGACUGCGGCCGCCUGGAAAUGAAGACACGUUCUACGAGUAUGAUCAGCUGGUGCUGCUCACUCACAUCGUCCACGGACCACACGACGACAAGUUCUACAAGCUCCUUGGCGAACUGGAGGAAGAGUACUACGGCCUGAAGUCGAAAGGUUACAGCGGCGAGGGCUUCAACUCUGAUGGCCACCGACUCAACGGCGUUCGCGUGAACGAGUAUGAGGGCAAGAAACGUGGCCCCGCGGCCGCAGAGAAGCGCCUCGCCCGCCAGAGAGUUAUGGGGCGCGGCGGUGUGCUAGGUGGCUCCAAGGUGACAGGGAAGACGAUGCGCGAGAUCGUCGCCGAGGCUGCUGAACGACGACUACGCGAUGACAAGUCUUGCAAGGUGGACAACAAGGAGGCGGAGGAAGAGGCACGGAAGGCGCAGGCGGAGAGUCAAUCUACACGCAUUGAUGUUGAGGACCUGACCGCCGCGUCUCCCGAAACAUCCGGGGCCUCCACUCCGCCGUCGGCGCAGCUUUCUGAGCCCGCCGAGCGCCGACCAGCUCCUCCGUCCCGAGCAUCGUCGAGUAAAAGCAAACGCGCUCUGUCCAGUGAUGAUGAUGAUAUCAUCGAGAUCGACGCCAAGGACUUCGAGGGCACAAAGGGCACGGGCACGUCGUCUGCUCGGUCGAAAGCCAGCAAGACCGAGAAGAUCUCGCUUGCCAAAACCGCACCCAUCCUGCCAAGCAAACCGUCACCGAAGCCGGCGACUGCACCACCAAAUCCGCGUGGACGCUCAGAGUGGGCCUGCCCGACCUGUACAUUGCUUAACCCUAUCCGUGCGACGACUUGCGACGCCUGCACGACACCCCGUCCUCAGCAGAUGGCCACGAAGGAUGGAUGGUUCUGUGACUUUUGCGGCUGCGGCCCGCGAGACAUGACCUACUGGACCUGCGGCGAGUGCGGUUCCAUGCGGACCUGGGGUUAG